AAAUUCUUCCGGACUAGUGUGGACCGGACGUGGGUGUUCACGCAGUUAUGUUGGUGCCCCAGUGUUUUUUUCCAGGCUUUCUGAAUUUAAUAAUACUUUUGAAUGAACCACGCCCGAGUUUUUCGUUAUUACAAUAGAUGAAUUCUCACGCUUUCGAUCUUAACGAAAUGUCGCACAAUAUGUUUAUAAGAAGUGGUGCGCUACGAGUCACGAGGUCACUUUCAUUUGGGGAAGGUUUCCUGAACUGUUUGAAGCAGGCUUUGGAGACAACUGUACGAUGGAGGAUUCAAAACCAGGAGAGGACAUUCCCAAUGGCCAGCUUGUAUGUGAAAUGAAAGAUGCACUGAACAGUUUAAUGUCCCAGCUUUCCGCUUUCGGGCUCAAGGUCCACGUGCUUCAAAACCGCGUCGUUAUCACGGAACGGAGCGAAUCUGGAACAUUUAACGUAGUGGACGGAGAAGCCGCGUUGCAGUUCGUGAAUCAACCGGAACAUGCUGACAAAAUUAUUUGCUUCAAUUCUGAACGGUUUUAUUGCCACACCGAGUACCUCGUUCUCAGAAGUCAGUAUUUCCGAGCUUUGCUUUGCGGCGUUUACCGCGAGACAACCAUGGACUUGAUUUCCAUUCACCUCCCAGCGCCUGGAAAUACAGAGCCCAUAUUGCACUUCAUGUACUCGGGUAUUGCAGAUGGCGCGCUCUUUGAAGCUCAUGAAAUCUUCAAUACGAUCCAAAAUGCGAAUUUCCUGGGCGUGGAGGAAUUACUGAGCAAGGCCGCCGAGCAUUUUGCCACUCAGUGGAAAGUCUUUGCUAUUUCUCCACUGUUCAGGCGAAGCAUUGUUGAUUCGGAGUUUGUUUCAUCAAUUCUGGAGCUUGGGACAAAAAACAGUGUUUUCAAGGAAGGAGACAAGCUCAGAAUAGUCGUUCUAUGGAAUGAAGAAGGAACUGAGAACAAUUUUCCCGAGUCUAGUCGUCUUUUAAUUGAGCACAGAUGCUUAGAGAAAACUGGUAUUGCAGAUUUAGACUGGGCGCUAGACAAGAAACCUGGACUCUUUAAUGCCUUGGAUCAAUCCACGUUCCGCGUCGUUUACCAACGCGCGAUACAAGAUUCCGCGCGCGUCCGCGAGAACUUGCGCGUCCACGAGGACAAGAUCAAAAGUCUUUCCCAGUGCCUACGUACGCUGACAAGACAACUCGAGGAGGUCCGCUGCAGCAGAUGUCAGCUGUUUCUUCCUCGUGCAGCCAUGAAAACGAGAACUUGCAUUGUGACGCGCCAUCUUGGAGAGUAUGUGGUGAAUAAAGGAUGGAGCUGCUGCAGACAGCUCAUCAAAAGAAGCAAGGGCUGCAAGCCAGUGAGUCUCUCGCGACACUGCAUGUCUUUGAAUUCAAACGAAAGAUCAAGAUGA